AUAUGUAUGUUUUAUGCAGUUCGUACAGAGGGGAUGAGGUGUCGGUCUUGGUCUGCGGCUGACUCGGGCGAUUUCAUCCGAAUGUGAUUGUCGUCGAGAACAAUAUGAAGAACCAACGCCCUCGGAUCAGCCGUUUAUGCGUGGGCCCAGGAUGGCAUAAGAUGAAGAAAUGAAGGAAUUAAACGAGAGAAAUGAGUGGCGGGAAAGUUCAUGUAUAAACACAAUUUUAGGAAGAAAAGAAAUUCAUUUUUUAAUUCAUUUUCUGUUGAUGAGCCCAGGUGCGACGCAACGUGAUGUGAUCGUCGUGAGUCCUAGGAUUUAUCAGGCCAAUUAUUCUUUCGUACGAAGAACCUUGGUAUCAGUACCUAGCCUAGGUACCUACAUUACGGGGUAUCCAUAUGGUCCAUCUCGGUCAGAUAUACACCGGGCCCUGUGUUCGGUGAGAACAAUUGGUGACAAAGUGCCCCUUGUUCCCCCACCUCAUUCAAACCCCUUCUUCCCUUUCCAUUGUUCCAGAACAGCGGACUCUCUCGAGAAAUUCAUUGGAAACGUGCGGACUUUUCUACAUUCUCGUGUAAUAACCUGUUCCACCCAGAAUACGGUUGACCUACGUUGUACUGGGUGCUGACCCAACGCUUGACUCAUAAACCCAACGUCUACGUACAACUAUGCAUCUGGCUACCUGUAGGUAUUU